AUGUUCAUCAACGCCAAUCCAAGACCUACCAAAGAAGGCAAAACUGAAUUCAAACUCGUUGUACUACUUCCCGAAGACAGUACUGUCCCUCAAUUCAUGUGGGUGAAGUGCUUUAUCGAAAAGACCGACACUGCCACCGCAAGAAAAUGCAAAGUCCACCGCUAUCAAUUCUCGCCUACCCCACAUGAGAUCAUCAAGAGUCCGAUCGAACCUCCGGGUAAUGAAGAUAGAAAUCUGCUUCUCAACAUGCGGGAGAUAUUUUACCACGGCAAGACGAACGCCCAUCUCGACCAUAAAAUCACGCUGUGGUUCAGAGAAGAAUUUUUGGCAGAUGGGUCAAGACCAAACAAGUAUGCAUUGGGAUGUCUUAGAGGGAAAAAGAAAAGAGACUGGAGAGGUCCAAUUCUUGUGUCGGCAAAUAUUGAGACUGAGUCCUUGGGUCACGCAUAUCUUUACCAAGAUGUCGUUCCUUCCGAUCUUCAACUUGUCCGACACUACAUCAUGAACAAUGGCGAGUUUGUAGGAGAGAGCUACUUAGACGAGUUUGAGAACGGUGUGGCUGAAUCACGACUCCCCGAAAUCGUUACUGGUGUGCGAGUCUCUUGCCAGAAACAGAAUUCUGCGGGACACUUAGCAUAUUCCAAUAUAAAGAUGGAGCGAGGCCUAGCAAGAUUGAUAUGUGGCGGCCGGUCCCGAACUACGAUGCUUAUGGAGAUACCUCUAUAUUUGAUGAACACACCAAUUUUUAAAGAUAAGGUAAAGCAGUCUGCGGCCGAGGUUGGUUGUGGUAUGGCGGAAAACCACGUACCAUGGGUACUUCUUAGGUCAACAGACAUUGAAGUUGGAGAUUUCUGGAACCAAGUUGAAGACGACAAGAUCGUAACUUUCUCUGCAGGCUCUAUCAUCGCGUUCCGCAAAGAUGGGAAACAAUUGACCGCACGUCAUCUCGAAGCAGUUGUCGCCUACCACUUGGAGGUCAUCAUUCCAAAGAUGACAGACCUGAGUGAAAGCGCAUGGAAAGAGCGAAACAAAGAUAAGGGGAAGUGUGAUACGGAAAAGUUGGAGGAAGCCCGUAAGGAAAUGCUCGCCAAUUUCGUGUGCAAGGCAAGUUUCGAGAAGUUUUUCCAGGAGUACAAGCAGAAGAAGAUUGAGUCUGGCGAUGCCGAAUGGGCUAAGGCUGUGUCUCCCUAUGAGGUUUGA